AAUUGUGGAGAAACCGGGCGUGUCAAUAAAACGAUGCAAUGUGGUGGCGAGGAUUCCUCAUUAAGAUAUAAGAGAAAUAUGUCCGAUAAACGAAGGCGAAGGAAAGGUGUUGGAGAAGAAUCUGAGGGAUCUGAUCUAUCUGAGACUGAACCUGAUACAAAGGCCCUGGCAACUGAGCACGGGGAUUCUGAAUAUGAAAGUGCCGAUGACAACAUUGUUAACAGUCCGAAGCAUGUUGGUAAAGUGGAGGAUGUAGAGGAUGAUGAGGAUGAAGAAGAGAACGUAGAUGUAGACCUUGACGUUGUAGAAGAGGAUUUAGACUAUGACGGUGAGAACGAUGAGGAGGAUGGAGGUGGCGAGGAACCUUUUCCUGAAGUAGUCAGAGAGGAUGAUAAUGUAGAAGGAUCCCAAACACCAGUAGAUGAUGACGAGGAUAAAAAGAAUCCCCAGUAUAUUCCUAAAAAAGGAAUGUUUUACGAGCAUGAUAACAGACUUGGUACAGAUGAAGAGGAUAAUGUAGAAGAAACUCCGGAAGAUAAAAAGAAGAUUUGGAAAGCUGACGUUGUUGAAAGAUGGGGCCACGACAAGUUUGCUGAGUUUGAUCAGGAACCUAAAUCUAAAGACGAAUUGGUUGAAUCUUAUGGCUAUGAUAUAAGAAACGAAGAUAAUGCUCCAAGAGCCCGAAGAAGAAGGCGCUACGGCAGAGGACCUAAUAAGUACACCAGGAACUGGGAGGAUGAAGAUGCAUAUUCUAAACCAGUUGCGGGACAGAAGCCGAGAAAUCCUGGUUCAAAAGAUAAAUCUGGGAAUGACCAGUUAGAAGACUUUCCUGCUUUGCCAAGCAGAGAUGAAAAUGAUAAACCUAAUAAGUCGUCCAUAAAAAGUGAAAGUCUGAAUUCCGAGUUGAAGCCAGCAGUUGUUCGUGAUGUACCUAGAGCGAGUGCAGACAGAGAAGAUGGUUUCAGGCAUGAUAGGCGAGGCCGUGGAAAUGAUGAUGGCAUGAGAUCGAGAGGGAGGGGAGGUAGAGGAAUGCGAGGAGGAGGUUAUGAGCAGUCUAGGAGAGGAGGAGACCGAGGUAGAGGUGCAGAUCGGGGUCGGCCUGUAGGCUUUGGAAGGGGAGGAUACGAGGAUAGGAAGCGAUACAAUGAUAGACACGGUGGACAUGAUGAUAGAGGUUAUGAGGAUGAAUACCGUGGAGGGCGCGGGGGUAGAUCAAGAGGCAGGGGAAGUCGUGGUUUCGACGGAAUGGAACAAAAGCAGGGAAGAAGACACAUAAAGGACCCAGGUCUAACUCCUAGAACAGAGGAAUUAGGAGAUCAGGUCGCAAAUCUUGAUAUAAACAAGGAAAAUGAAAAUAGUGUUCCCCGAGGUAGCAAAAGAUAUUCGCAUCAGCGCAAGGGAGGAAUUGAAGUUCAGUCUUUAAGUUCUGAACAACAAAACCUUCAGGAGAUGCUAAAUGAAGGAAUUAAUCCAGCCAUGUGCUCCGGUCCUCCCAGUGGAGCUCCCUUCCAAUCUCAGAUACCCUCCCAGCGGUUACCACAUAACAAUAUAGUUUCACACUCAGGGGUAAGACCCGUUCCAGCAGCAUAUAUUCAAACAUCUCAGAUUAUGAACUUUAAUCCUCAAUACCCGGUCCCUGUCACCGUCUCAGCUGUAUCUCUUCCCAUGGGGGUAGGUGGAGUGCCAUUGGCUACUAUCCCUGCUAUGACCUCCAAUGGUGGGCCUCAAAUAAUUGGUCCUGGUUUCGCUAACGGACCUGACGCCGUAAUGCUAGCAGCCGCGCAACCUGGUCCAGAUGGAUUUGCUGCUGUUCGUGGAGGUGUUACAUACUUCAACCCUACAGCACAAAACAUUCUUCCUCAAAGACCGGUAUCUAAACGACCUAAGGCUGCUAUUCCCAUAGUGGAUCCGUCUGUGGUGGAAACAAAAGACUAUAUUGUUGAAAGUUCAAGACAAGAGCUUCCAUCUCAACUCUGAUUUUCAACAACAACAAAAACAAUCAACUCUUGCACAUAACAUUAAAAAAAUCAGAUUCUUACAAAUAGUGGUGGACUUCGUUUUAACAUCGUAUUUAACCAUUCAAGGUUUGUUAAAAUUUAGUCUUGUAAAAAAAUAAGAUUUUCACAAUGAAAUUAAGAAUUGCCCGACUUGAGAAUCGCUUUAAUGAUACUCUUCAAAACUAAAAUUAUGCAAUUUUAAGUAGAAUUUCUUUCAUAAGGCAAAACUUCUGUUCAACUCUUACUAAAUUUUGGCGAUUUAUUUAGUUUCGCAUGAUUCCAUUAAACAUAUAAUAUACAUAUUUUAAAAAAAUUUGUCUGACAUUUAACUUAAUGACAUUACAAUAUCAAUUUUUGUGCAACGACUUUUUAUUGCUUUCUUAUAUUAUCAAUUAUUAUUAAAUUAAGGAAUUCUGGUACUAUCAAAAUUGAAAAACUAUGUCGAAUUUCUUACAAUUUAAAUAUUUGUUAGUGUAAUGUGAUUCAUUUGUACGACAAUAAUAUAAGAAACCAUAUUCUUUGUUCUGAAGAAUGAUAUGUGCUGUUAUUUUAUUUUUAUUAUUAUGUCGAAAGCGUUUUUCAAGAAUCUUAAAAUAUUAUUAAAAUUAUUAAUUGUAACGUAACGUUGACAGGAAAUGGGAAAAUAAAUUGAACUGAUGUCUG